UGGGUGAAACAUGGGUAAUUAUUUGACGUCUUCACUGGGAGGGAACAGAGGGGUAAAACGGAAAGUCGAUGAGACGGACAACCUGACACAGACAACAGCAGAAGGCUUGCCAGGAGCAGCAACCAGAGACCCUUUGCAUACACCAAAACGGAAAAGAAUCAAAUCUACAUCAAACUAUAUCUAUCAGACCCUUUUCCUAGACGGUGAAAACAGUGAUGUUACCAUCAGCGCUCUAGGAAGAGAAUGGAAGCUCCACAAACUUUACUUGUCUCAGUCCCCUUACUUUUCCUGUAUGUUUAGCGGUUCCUGGAAAGAGUCAUCACUGUCAGAGAUUUCAAUUGAUGUGACGGAUGAAAAUAUUAAUGAGGAAGCUCUGAAGAUAACAUUCGGUUCCUUAUAUAAAGACUAUGUUUUUAUUAAACCUGUACAAGUUGUGAACGUGUUGGCUGCUGCUAUGCUGUUACAGUUGGAAGGAUUGAUCGAUCAGUGUUCAAAUAUGAUGAGAGACACAAUCAGUGGAAAGACAGUGUGUUCAUACUAUACCGCCAGCAGUAGAUAUGCCCUAAAGAGCAUAACACAGGAUUGUUGUGACUGGCUGCUUGCUAACCUGCUGGCUAAUGAAAGUCCUCAUCUCCUCCAGGGUAUAAGUUUUGAGAUGAUGACAGACUUGGUUGCCUCCCCUUACCUCUCUGUCAUGCAGGUGGAGAUGGAUGUCUAUACUCUGUUGAAAAAGUGGAUGUUUGUCAAGUUAAACCCAACCUGGUCAGGAAACAACAAAGACUUAACUUCAGACUGUGAUACCUUCUACAGAGUGUCCACCAGUACAACAGGAACAAAGGAAGAAAAGACAGCUUUUUUAACAACUAAAGAUGGGCAGCAAUUUUUACAUCCUUUUUGUAAAAUUCGAUGGCAACACCUUCUGACUGAUCUUUCUUCACUGAAAAUCCUGGAGAAGGACAAUAUCAUUGAUCUAGAUUGGAUAAGAUUAGGCUAUGAGCAUCAAUGGAAAGAAAUGCUAAAAAUGGAACAGGGACAGGAUUCAGGACCAGCAGAAAUUCCUGAUCAGGCUGUGUUUGACCGUCUCUCCCUACGAUGUGGACGAGUGUUACCCAAGGAUGGAGAGUACUGCUGGAGAUGGAUAGGAUACAAUUAUGGUGUGGAUCUCUUGGUAACUUAUAUGAACAAUAUUAUCACUCUCAAACGGAACACUCACAGUCAGUCAUGUCCUCACGCAGUCAGCUUACAGACACUACGGCAUGUCACCUACAGGUUGAAUGUAGCCUGUUUUGAUGAGAAUGGCAAACUGAAGAAUUCAAAAUCCACUGGUCUGAAGCACAUCAGCUUAGGGAAGGAUGAGGAGGUGGUAGUGAUGACACUGGGUCAGGGCUUCAUCUUUCCCCUCCAUAUCACUGUCAACUUGUUGCUGACCACACCACCUGACUCUGGUCAUCCACCCAUCAGCAUGGAUUGUGAUACCAUUAGGGCAGGUAUCCAAGGAAACAGCCAGGUAGAAAGUCACUGUGAUACAGGUGUACAGACAGUAUGUGAUCUUCCAAUGAGAGGUUGUGAUAUUGGAGUACAAACUAUCCCUUCUGUGGGCCAACUCGUGGAGGCUUCCCACAAGGGAGUACAGACUAUCUCUUCUUUGGAUCAAACUUUGGUAUGAAUGAACCUAUGCUAUGUUAGAAAGAUAGUCAAACUUGCAAUUUGUGAGCCAAUCAACUUUUUGAAUGGUUGAGUAAAGUCUUGAGUGCCCAUCAACUCUGGAAUGGCUGAGUACAGUCUUGAGUGCCCAUCAACUCUGGAAUGGUUGUGUACAGUCUUGAGUGCCCAUCUUCUCUGGAAUGCUUGAGAACAGUCUUGAGUGCCCAUCAACUCUGGAAUGGUUGAGUAUAGUCUUGAGUGCCCAUCAACUGUGGAAUGUUUGAGUAAAAUCUUGAGUGCCCAUCAACUCUGGAUUGGUUGAGUACAGUCU